AUGGACAUAAUGACAUCCGGCAAGGAUGACAACCGGGUAUCUACCACCAGUGUGACUUCAUCCCCACCCAAUGAAAUCGAUCGCGAGAAUCCCGACUUCGACUAUUAUGCCAAACUCGAGAAGAGGGUUAUGCGAAAGAUCGACUUCUGGCUCGUGGGCUUUUACUCCGUUGUAUACAUCUUCCGGGUGAUUGACUCGAACAACUACGCCAACGCAGCCAUCAUCAACCUGGAAGCCGGCACAGGGAUUAAGAAAGAGCUCGGUUUCAGCCCCUCGCAAUGGUCUUGGACGCAGUCCAUCUUCUCGUAUAGUUACCUCAUCUUCGAGCCAUCUAACACGAUCCUUCUCAAGAGCUUCAAGCCCUCAACAUGGAUGUUCGUCCUGAUCUUGUCCUGGGGUGUUUGUGCCUGCGCAGCAGGUGCAGCCCAGAACUUUCCGGGAAUGAUGUGCGUGCGGUUCGCCAUUGGAAUGGCUGAGGCAGGGUUCUACCCAGCUGUGCUUUACCACAUGGCAUUCUGGUACAAACCGUCCGAACUGCCCUGGAGAAUCGCCCUCUUUUACUCUCUUGGCCAGAUAUCCGGCGCAUUGAGCGGGCUGCUCGCAUAUGCCAUCAGCUUCGCGGAUGGGGCCGCCGGACUAUCAGGCUGGCGAUGGUUGUUCAUCAUUGAGGGUCUUCCAGCCAUCGUGCUGUCUUUUGUGGCGCUGUUCGGUCUUCCAGAUUACCCAGAGACCGCCCGCAUGUUGACAGAGGAGGAGCGAAGCUUCCUGAAUGGCCGUCUCUCCUCCUCGGCACCGUCUGGAAAAGACAAAAGCUGGGAUUGGGCCGGCAUUAAAUUGCUCUUCAAGAGUCCUACGCUUUACACGUUUUCAAUCUACUGGAUCGGGCAUGGAAUCGGUGGGUUUGGGGUGCAAUAUGCUUUGCCUACCGUCAUUUAUGACCUUGGGUUUAGCUCGACGGCUUUAUCACAGCUGAUGAAUAUUCCUCCCUACGUCGCAUGCUUUUUCUUUCUAAAUGGCCUCGGGUAUUUGCUCCAUAGAGGAUGGAUCAGACCGUGGACCACUGCAGUCGCGAUCGAAAGCACGACAAUCAUCUGCUACAUCAUACUGAUCACGGUUCCUAAUUCAGUGGUCAAGUACCUCGCCCUCGUGGUCGCCACAGCGUGUGCAGGGUCUGCAUACCCGGUCAUCUGGCCAGAACGGAUUCGCGAUCUGGAGGGCACGGUGGCCGCGGGGAUUGGGAUUGGGGCCACGAAUGCUAUGGCACAAUUUAGUGGGAUUGCUGGACCUCAUAUAUACAGCACGGUAUUUGGGCCGACAUACCGCGUGUCCUUCAUCAUCUGUCUCUGCUUCCUUUGUGCGGCUAUCUCCGGUGUGUUGGCUUCGUGGUUUUUUGUUUGGCGGAAGGAUCGGAAGAAUGGUCUACAAGGCAUGGCUGGAGGGGUAGGCAGUGCAUGA